AUGUCAAAUGUUGACUGUAACACUAACGACGUCAACAAUACUGGAUCUUUGAGUGAAGGUCUCGCGUCCGGCAGGUGUUCUGUGGAUCAGCAGCGCAGGCCCGGUUGUCAGCCCGCUACUGCUGGGAAACGACAGAAGAGAUUAGGAUGGUCGAAGGAGGACAACAGACGGAUGUUUGAAUGUUACAUUAGAAGUGAACCAGAGAGACGAGGAUACAGAAAAAGAAUGCUAGACCCGUGGAUAGCUCGAAAUCCCAACGAAGAGCUAAAUGAAGUUAGUGAGCAGAGACUGGCUGAUCAAGUACGACAGAUUAAGAUCAAGAAGUGGCUAGAGAAUAUGGAACAAGACGAAAUAGCUCUAAGAGUAACAAAUGAAUAUCAGGAGACAGACCAUAAUUCUACAGAUGCAUCAAAUAGAAUACUUGAGACCCAGGAAGACAGCAGGGAUCAAAACAACACCCCAGCUGAAGAGAAUCCCAUUGCACCCCCUGACCUAGAGCCACAAGAAGAGAUCAGUCCAGAGCUCAGUGCUCUCCGAGACAGGAUCCUAGAAGUGAUGCUUCUAGAAGAAAGAGCAGGAUUACCAUCAUUGAGAUCGUGUGAUAGAGCAAAGCUGAGAGUAGAGGUUGGAAAUGUCAAUGAAGCCACCAAGAGCAUUGAAACUCACAACAUUACAGAACUGAAUUCUUUAAUGUACGCAGUGGCAUAUGCCACCACAGAAAGAAUGGGAAUGUUGAAGAAGAGGAAAGAAAGAAAGACCGAAGAACCAUUCGUGAAGAGAAGGAUUAAACAGAGUAUUAAAACAUGGAGAAAGGAUUUUUGCAAGAUCGAAGAAAUCCGAAGAGGAAACAUGAGAUUGAAACAAAGAGAAAGAUUGAAUAGAAAAUACCGCCUUGAGGAGAAUGGCACUUUGUACGUUUCAGACAUGUUGAAGCAGAAGAUCAAGGCUGGUGCAGCUAAGAUCAAGAGAUAUGGUGAGAGAUGCCAACAGUUUAAACAAAGUCAACAAUUUCAGACUAACCAGAAACUUUUCUAUGAGACCUUGGAUGGAAAGAAAAGAGAAGGGAAAGAACAACCUGACCCAAUUGAAGCAACCACCUUCUGGAGAAAGAUAUGGUCCGAAGAGGUCAUUAACAAUGAACAGGCUACUUGGCUAGAGCAAGUUGAGCAAGAGUUCAGUUCAAUAGAGGUGCAAGAGGAUAUCAACAUCACCAUGGAGGAUAUUAGAACGGGAGUGAGUAAGAUGGCAAAUUGGAAGGCAGCUGGCCCUGACUUAGUCCAGGGCUACUGGUUUAAGAAGCUGCCAGGAUUACACCCUAGAUUGCAAUUACACCUGCAAGACUAUGUGCACCAAGGAAGUGCCAGAGUGGAUGGUCAAAGGAAGGACAGUCCUCAUUCAGAAAGACCCAACAAAGGGUACCCAAGCUAA